AGAGCACCACUACAGCAAUCCGCCUGUCCGACGGCGGCAAUGGCGAUGCUGCUGCUGCUACUGCCGCUGCUGCUCCAGCUGGCCGCCCGAGGAGCCGCUAGCACUUGUCCGCCGCCCGGAUCGGUGAAGAUUCAAUCGUUCAGCUACGCAGGAAGCGGCUGUCCUCCCGGGACUGCUGUCGGCGACAUCUCCAAGGACGGGAAGGCGCUGACGGUCAUAUUCAGCAAGUACUACGCUACCACGGACAAAUUGCUGGCGGAUCGCAAACGGAGCUGCGUGGUAACGGUCAAGCUGAGCUAUCCCAGAGGAUUUAUCGUGUCGGUGGGGACGGUCACAACGCGCGGGUACGUGAAGCUCGAUGCGGGCGCCGUGGCGACCAUUCAGACGUGGUACUACUUCUCCGGGCUGCCAGGGACGGCUCGACUCGUGCGCAAGUUCACAGGAGUGGUCGAGAAGAACUUCGAAGUCACGGACAAGUUCCUCACCCUGGUUUACAGCAGGUGCGGCGUGUCCAGGGACCUCAAUCUCGUCUCGGAAGCCCGGGUGGCCCCUGGCCCCGGGUAUCCAUCCAAGGGUAACGGACUCGUCGUAGUUGACUCUAAGGAUUUGUCCAUCGGCCAAAUCUGGCAGCUCGUCUGGGAGAAAUGCUAAGCCAUCGCGGACAUGAGCUACUAGUCUGGGAGGGGAGAGAAGCGGAGGGAAGGGGCGGUUGGGGGAAAGGUGAGUCUAGGGUCCGAGAGACUGGUCGGAGGCAGUUCGAGACGCCGUCCGAUUAGGAGUGAGUGGGGACGCGUCGCGAGUCUGCCGAGUGUCGCCAAGGAGUCCACUGGCGGAACCCUCCAAGUGUCGCCAAGGAGUCCACUGGCGGAACCCUCCAAUGAUGCCCGCACGGGAUAAAUGGUAGAAGGCGCC